AUGUUAUAUAUGAAUAAACAUAAUUUUACUAAUAUAAUACUAAAACUGUCAAAUUAAUUAAGAUCCAUUUUUAAUAGGAAUUGGAUAUCCCUUAAACUAUUUAGAUUGCUAAGAUAAAUUUUACAAAUAUUUAUAAUUACAUAAGUUUAAAAAAACAACUAUAUUUUAAAGAGUAUAAAAAUUUUAAUAUUCAUAACCUAUUAACAAAUUACCAUUAUGUUUUGAUACUAAUAUGUCACAAUACUUCAAAUAAUUAAAUGAUAUUGUAGAACUAAACUGUUUGAGAUUCAAAAAUUACACUCUAUUGUAGGGCUUAAAAAUAAGGACACAAUACUCUAUAUUAAUAGAAUAGAUAUAAAUUAGGAAAUUAUAAUUAUAGAUAUGAAUUGAAAGAAGAAAUAGAUAAUUUUAGUUAAGAGUUUAUAAUGAAAAUCAUAGUCAUAUAAUAUACAAUUUUGAAAUGCUGAUUUAACAAUUAAGGUUUAAGUAUAAUUUGGAAAUCAAAGUAGUGGUAGUAAAUAAAAAGCCCAGAAGAACACAUAAAAUAGUUGUUUGAACAAUAUUUAAAUUUAAGUUUAGUAUAAACGCAAGAUACUCCAAAUGAAAAGCAAUUAGUAUAUAUUCCAGGGUUUAUAUAUUUUGAAUAAUGA